AUUUUCUCCAUUCUAGAAACUUUAAACAGCAUAUAAGUGUACUUUAAAUUUAAUUUAAAUUUUUUAUAUUGUUAUGCUUGAAGAAUACAAACUCAAUAAUAUAUUGUUAAAUUUUUUUAGUUAAUUUAUAAUAAUAAAAAUAAAAAAUGAAUUGGUUAUUAAUUAUUUUUAGUGUUAUAAUUUUUUGCAAGAUAAAUGUUAAUGCGUUCACUUUAAUUGAUCCUUUGAAAAGUGUAUGGUCUUCCUUUUAUACUAAUAAAAUAAACAGUGCAAGUGAUAAUACAGAAUCACCAAUUACAAACAUAAUGGUAGCUGAAGAACCUCAUCAACAUAAAUGCUCGGCAUGUAUAAAAAAUAAAGUGACCAAGAAUGAAGAAAUAGAACAAGUACUUAAUGAAAUCCGUGUUGAAUACGUUAAACAGCAAAUUUUAAAGAAACUGCGUUUAUCAAAGCCACCAGACGUCUCCAUUUCACUUUCAACAUUACCAAAGCCCCUAAUAAAUGGUUAUGUACUUGAACUACGACCUGGAGAUGUAUUAGAAUCUGAGAAGCAAGCCGAAAGCUUCUAUGGGAAGACAGAUCAGAUAGUUGUUUUUCCUAAUGAAGGCGUGGCGGAUAUGAAAAAUUGUCGACAAAGUUCAAACCAUUUAACAGGUUUCAGCCCUGCAGCCUGCUUUACUUUUAAUCUUCCACAAGAAAUGCAAUUCGUCGAUGUGACAUCAGCUGAUUUUUGGUUUUAUAAAGAAAAUGACGAAAAUGAUAUUUACGGUCAAACAUUUGUUCUAUCAGAAUUAGAUCACUGGGAUCAAGGUGGAAGUUUUGAAAAAAAUACUAUUAUGGCUAUCUUUGAAACUUCAAUUGAUGAGGGUUGGGUAAAAACCGAUGUCGCAUUCACCGUCAGGAAAUGGGUAGAACGAAGUACUUUGAAUCACGCAAUUCAAAUAGCAUGUAGUACGUGCUCGAUUGAUCGUGAAACAGCUCCUGUAUCCACUCAGCUAACAUUAAAACCAUUUUUGGUAAUUCACACAUCACCAUUAGUGCAAAAAAAUCGUUUAAAGAGAAACUCUAAUUGCCUACCAGAAAUGAAAGAAUGCUGUCGAGACCAGCUGUACAUAAGUUUUCAGGAAAUUGGAUGGAGUGACUGGAUUCUUCAUCCGAGCGGUUAUCAUGCUUAUUUUUGUCGUGGGUCUUGUUCGUCUGCUGCUUCUUUAAUUAUGAGUGGCUCACCCUAUAACAAUGUUUUAAGAAAAUGGUUGAUGAAGAAUGGAGGACAAAGUGAGAUAGUUCCUUGCUGCUCGCCGACUCAGCUUUCACCAAUUCAACUUCUCUACGUGGACUCUAACAACACGAUAACCCAGAAAACACUUCCAAACAUGGUUGUAGAAGCUUGCGGUUGCAUGUGAGAUCUAGCCCCCAGUAGCAAUGAACAACCAACGCCCCUUUUUCCUCAGCGUGAAAGCUGCCACAAUGACUGUGAUCCACAUAAAAUUCGUAUCAACAAAGAAUUUUGUUCACAGUGUGAUGCUCAAUUUCUCUCACUAUGAUGUCGAAUCAGAGCUGAAAUGAAAAAAAAAAAGUCAUAAAACAAGAGAGAAAUAAAGAAAAUAGACACAUAGGACGUUCAAGAGGAAGGAUUUUACGAUGGAAAGGAAAAGAAGAUUAAAGUAAAAAUAGUGAAACGUGCUGUGGAGCGACCACUCGCGAAAAUCUUCUCGUGUGGAGCAGAGAAUGGUGUUUUCGAGUUUUUUUUUACUCUCGGUGGUCGUGUUAUUGUAUUACAUAAAGAAACUACGUUGCAUCUUCGUCUGUAACAAUAAAAAAAAUUUUCUUGACAAUGCUACGAAAAUCUCCCAAACGGAAGGUGUUGCAUAAUAAAAAAUAGACAGUAUUGUUUAUGUAUAAGUGAAUAACAAAUAAUUUUCAAUCUCCCAUCCGUCUUUUUUUACAUCAACGUUCAAAUGUUUUUCCAUCAUUAAAAUUCAUUAUUCAUUGAAUAUGUCUGAGUAUUCAUAUUCAUUCGACAUUAAACUGAUUUCUUCAAGAAAAAUUUAUUUGUUAAUCACUUUAACCUAAUAGUAAUUAAACUAGCCUCGUAACAUAAGUGGAUCAUACUUUAGAUAAUAUAUAUCUUUAUUAGCUCUACGUUAUGUAACUAUUUAUUUUGACAUUAAAUAUUUAAUAAUAAACAUAAAAAAUAAAAAUGAGCAAGUUAUGAUUUACGUGACAUUCAAUGACAGUAGACUGUAGAUAAAUAUUACCCUGAACGUACAUUGUAUAAACUUACCGAUAUAAAAUAGAAAAAAAUUUAUGAUUGUCAAAUUGUAAUAAUAAAUCUCCAUUAAUAUAAAAAUUAUGUCUUUCACAAACUUAUAAAACUUGAGGUUAUUAAUCAUUGUAAACUCAAGACUA